GUGAAACCAGUUGUGGAGAAAGAGUCGGCCGAUGCGAUUCUGGUGGCGGCCGAAGGGGGCAAAGCUGGUCAGGAGGCUAUCAUUACAAAUGAGGGGCAUUUGACUGUAAAGGCGAUCGCAGGCUUUAAAUUGGGCUCAAUUACAAAGAUUGUCAAAAGUGGAUAA